UGCGAUAUUAAAAUGCGGUUUCAUUUAUUGUGCCUUUACAUAAUUGUGCUUGAAUAUGCAGUUGUAACCAGGGCAGAGGAGGAGCCCAAUUACAAAUUCGUCUUUGACCAGAUAAUACCUGUAAAGGCGGAUGAGGAAGUGGCCAAAAUUACGUUGGAGGUGGUUAGAAGUGAGGACGGCGUGAAGUUCAGUGGCAAGGCAGAACAACUGGUGGACUUGGAUAACGAAUGGACGUUAAAUAUAUUGCUAAAGAUUGCUGAAGACGCGAAUGGCGAGUACAAUUGGCUUAUGCCAGUGCCUGCAUUGAGAGUUUGUGAUUUCAUGAAAUUCUACUACCGUUUAUACAUUUACGAGCUGUUAGCUAAAUACGCGAAUGCACCGUCGCCCUUUGAUUGCCCGGUUGUAAAGAACACUUAUAUCCUGAAGGAGUACCCUUUGGUUUCGAAGAAUUUUAAUCAAUUUCUACAGCCCGGCUACUACCAACUAGAAGUGAGUUUGUUUCACGAAAAUGACGAAAAAAUCAAAUACAUCAUCGAAGGUCAUGUAGAGGAGGAGAUGUAGAGGUGGGGUGUAAUUAAAAAAAUUAUGUAUAUAUAUUUUCUUCAAAUAA